AUGCGCGAGCUGCUGGAGAAGGCUCACGAGGAAGAUGAAAAGGACAAGGACGGCUUGUUCGCCGAGGAAGAAGAUGAUGCCGACUUUGAGGCCCCAGCCGAGCAGCGUGAUGUCUUCAUGGACGAGUUUGCAGACACGGACGACGAGGUCGACGACGACGACGAAGACGCCGAGGAGCGCGAGGUCCGGCGCGAAGAACGGCGCAAGGCAAAGCAAAAGGCAGGCUUCAACCCCCUCGUCAAGAUUCACCGAGCCGGCGAGUCCUCCGGUCCCAAAAUCUCCACAGAGGCGCUGUCAUUACUGGAUCCAACGAUCGACCCGACGAAAAUGGCCAAGUCGACGCUGGUGCUGGAGAUCAGGCGACAGAAGCGCGAGCAGAAGCGCUUGAACAGGUCAGAGGCGCGCCGCUCAAACCUUCGCACGUCGACGCUGCGAAUGGAAGACGAAGUAAAAGAAAGGCUGGCAGCUGAGAAGGCCGCCCUCGCGACAAGCAAGAAGGGAAGACGAGCCCAGCAUGUGACGGGCGAGAUUCGUGGCGCACGGCCAAUGACUCAGGACGAGCUCAUCGCGGCCGCGCUAGAGGAGGAGGAGCGCAACAAGGAAGCCCUCACCAACUGGCUGCAGCGCGAGGAAGAGCGGCGCGAGCUGCGGCGCGUUGGACGGAAACGCGUCGUUGGACCGCGUGUGACUUGGAUCAGUCGUACGGUCGGCAAGCUCGUCGAGGUGGUGGGAGAGGAGAGUGCGGAGGGGGGUGAGAAGGGAGACGAGGCUGGCCCAAGUCACAAGGCAGAUGGCGGCACCGAGGAGCCCGGCGGCGAGAAGACAGGCGACAAGGCAACCGACAGCACUGCGGAGCCGGCCGGCAGCGAGAAGGCCAUCGUUGAUAAGCGAGGCGACGACGACAAGGGUGCCGAGGGCGAACCCGCAGCAGCCACUGUUGUUGAAAAGACCAGUGACGAGCCGAUCGACAAGGUGGCCUCACCGCCAAAGUCUCAGCCCAAGGGCGACGAGCUGCAGCCCGACGCUCCUAGUGAGAAGGGGGACGCACCGAAGGAUACCGAGUCGAAACCCGAUGCUCCGCCAGCAGAGACCCAGACUGCUGCGACCAAAGCACCAUCCCCGGCUCCAGACGGCAAAGCUGCCACCGCGCCCACCGACGUGGGGGCCUCUCCGAAGCCGGACGCUGCGAUGGACGUCGAUAAGGUCAACACCCCACCUGCCGACCAGCCUCCUGUCCCAGCACCGGCAGCACCGGCUUCUACGUCGACGGAUGCCACUCCUGCUGCUACCACGAGCUCGAAGCCGGAUGCCGACAAGCCAACUGAGUCAACUGCCGACAAGCCGAAUGAGCCAACUGCCGACAAGCCAACUGAGCCGACUGCAGACAAGCCGACGGAGCCAGCUGCGGAGGGCGGCGCGCCGACCCAGAACACCAGCGCCGAGGUCAAGGACGAGGCAUCAAAAGCUUCCCCUGAGCCUGUCAAGGAUGCCAACGGACCUCCUGCUGAGAGCAAGGCACCGGGCGACGGCGACAGUGAGGCGGCCCCGAAACCCAAGGAGCCUGAGCCUGCGACCGCCGACGCAUCAAAGCCAGACAGCGCAGCUCCCGAACCAGCACCCGCCCCAGACGCGACCAGCGCGCAGUACACCCGCAACUAUCUGAUCCUCAGCGAGAUCCCAGGCGGGUUGCCGACGGAGCUCAAUCUGAUCCUCGGCGACCACGUCGACUGGUCGUCAGUCAAGGUGAUUCCUCCGCGCAACCGCCCCAUCAACAGGCGACCGCCACUCGACCUGAUGACGGGCCAGCCGGCGCGAUACCGGCACCCGUCCACGGCGAUGCCUUAUACCAGCACGGAAAGCUUCAAGACACUCGAGGCACUCCUCGCGCAGCGUUAUGUCUGGAGCCCUGCCGGCUGGUGGGCGGGCGGUGAGGCGGAUAUGGGCGCUGAGGGUGUCGACGACGUCCCAGGCUGGCGCGAGGCCGUGGCGGGCGGUUGGCUGAACGGACAGGAGUUGGUUGAGGAGGUCGACGUGCCAGAGGAGGUGGUGGUAGAGGAAGCGGAGGAGGAGGUUGAGGAGGAGGCUGAAGAAGCUGUCGAGGAGGAGGAGAAGGCAGAAGAGGAGGAGGAAGAGGAAGAGGAGGAGGAGGAGGACGCACCGCCGGCGAAGCGGCAGAAGACGGCCAAGGGGAAGGGCAAGGCCAAGGCCAAGGCCGCGCCGAAGAAGGGGUCAAAGGCUGCCAAGAAGCCAGCGACGAAGAAGGCCACGCCGGCGACAAAGAAGGCCGCCGCGCCCGCGGCGAAGAAGGCCACAACGAAGAAAGCGGCGGCAAAGGCGAGCUCACGCACCAAGGCUGUGGCCGAGGCGGCGGCGCCGAAGCGCAAGUCGGCACCGAAGCGCAAGAAGAAGUAG